GGCAGCAGAGGAUUUAUUUCAGGCCUCCACCCAGCCUGGUGGACUUUGGACUCCAAGUCAGAGGAAAGACAACUGAACGCUGUUCCAGGAGCAAGGGGUGCCUGAAGAUGGCCAAGUUUCUUUCCCAGGACCAAAUUAAUGAGUACAAAGAAUGCUUCUCCCUGUAUGACAAGCAGCAGAGAGGGAAGAUUAAGGCCACAGAUCUUCUGGUGUCCAUGAGAUGCCUGGGGGCCAGCCCCACGCCUGGGGAAGUACAGCGGCACCUGCAGACUCAUGGGAUAGACAAGCACGGAGAGCUGGAUUUCUCCACCUUCUUGACCAUUAUGCACACGCAAAUCAAACAAGAGGACCCAAAGAAAGAAAUCCUUCUUGCCAUGCUGAUGGCUGACAAGGAGAAGAAAGGUUACAUCAUGGCAUCUGAAUUGCGAUCAAAACUCAUGAAACUGGGAGAGAAGCUCACUCACAAAGAAGUGGAUGAUCUUUUCAAGGAAGCGGGCAUCGAACCAAAUGGCCAAGUGAAAUAUGACACAUUUAUCCAGCGGAUCACCCUUCCUGUGCAAGACUACUGAGAGAGCUGAGGUCCAGGAAGAAGAGGAUGAGAGCUCCGGGGCCUGAAAACCUAGACUAUUUUUUAAAAGGGAAAUCUAGAGAUGGCAAACAUGGCAGUAAGACCACAUUGCAGGGGAUUAGUACCAAUAAAUGAUGUAGCCAUGGUA